CCGUAAAAGUAACAAGUUUCAGUUCCAAAGUUGGUUAUAAGCGGCCACGCGACGGAUUAUCAUCAUAUAUAAGUCCCUCUUCUUUUGUUUCUCUUCUUUCUGCUAUUUCAUUCAGGGGUAUUUGGUUUAAUAAACACCGCCUGGUUUGCAUGUUCUUCAUGAAUUCGAGAAGCACUGCUGCAGCCACUCUUUCCUGUAAAGCGGGAAACGAGAACAGCUCUCUUUUCUGGAUUCUGGUCAUCCUCUUCCACCAAUUUUUCGGGACACUUGUUGCAUUUGAGAGUUUCCUUCUUUUCAAGGCUAUCGUGAGGCGACCUUCAAGGGUAGUUCUCCCAUAGCCGUGCAGAAGUUGGGGUUGAUCUACUGUAUUCCCUCCCUCAUUGUGUAACUCAACUGGUAAAAUGGUUUCUGCUAAAAUUUCACAACCAACUGGGCAGCCUUUCCACAACCACGUGCUGCUCCCAUUGCAACACCCCAAAGUCGCUUCACUGGAUGAUGUUGAUAUGGAUUUCUCAGACAUAUUUGGUCCUGCUCCAGCUCAAGUUUUGAGCUCUGAGAAUGUUGCAAUGUCAGAAACAAAUGGAUUUAUAUAUGACGAGCCAGCUGUAAUUUAUAGCCGUUCUCAUUCCUUUGUUGGUCCGACAAACUAUGUCUGUCAAUCAUUGAAGCUUAGCAAACUCACACUCCGUGAGAAUGAACACUUGUUAGAGCUUGUGGAGGGUGAUAGUGGAGAGACCAAUGAUCAUCUUGAAGAAGCUACUUCCGAUUCUGCUGUUACUAAUAAAAGUGAUGUUCAUGCUGAUGCUAAUACCCCAAGGUCUGUGGGACUUAACGAUUUCGAAGUCUUAAAGGUUGUUGGACAAGGUGCAUUUGGAAAAGUAUAUCAGGUGAGGAAGAUUGGGACUUCUGAAAUUCUUGCGAUGAAGGUUAUGCGGAAAGAUAAGAUUUUGGAGAAAGAUCACGCUGAGUAUAUGAAAACAGAGAGGGAUGUAUUGACAAAAAUAGAUCAUCCAUUUGUUGUGCAACUCAGAUACUCUUUCCAGACCAAAUACAGACUAUACCUUGUUCUUGACUUUGUUAAUGGGGGACACCUUUUCUUUCAACUCCAUAGGCAGGGCUUAUUCAGGGAGGAUUUGGCCCGCAUCUACACUGCUGAGGUUGUUUCUGCUGUUUCUCACCUACAUUCUAAUGGCGUAAUGCACAGGGAUCUCAAACCAGAAAAUAUUCUUUUGGAUGCUGAUGGGCAUGUAGUGCUGACUGAUUUUGGCCUUGCUAAGCAAUUUGAUGAGAACACAAGAUCCAACUCUUUGUGUGGAACUAUCGAAUAUAUGGCACCUGAAAUUGUUCUUGGAAAAGGUCAUGAUAAGGCUGCAGACUGGUGGAGCGUGGGAGUUCUAUUGUAUGAGAUGCUGACAGGAAAGCCUCCAUUUGUUGGGAACCGACAGAAAGUUCAACAAAAGAUCAUAAAGGACAAGAUUAAGCUGCCAGCAUUUUUGUCUAGUGAUGCACAUUCAUUGUUGAAAGGGCUGCUACACAAGGAUGCAAGCAAGCGCCUUGGCUGUGGAUCAAUAGGUAGUGAUGAGAUAAAAAGUCACAAAUGGUUCAAGUCUAUCUAUUGGAAGAAGUUAGAUGCUCGAGAAAUUCAACCAAGUUUCUGUCCCCAAGUUUCAGGGAAGCUGUGUAUUGCCAAUUUUGAAGAGCAAUGGACCAGCAUGCCUUUGCUAGAUUCUCCUGCUGCUAGUCCAAAAUCUGGUGAUAACCCCUUCAAGGGUUUCAGUUAUGUGCGGCCAGCAGAAUAAUUAACCAUCACGUGUGCUUUCUCACUCUUAACCCUACCAUGGUUUCCGAGGCAUAGGAGGUUUUUCUAAUUCCCUGCUAUUUACUUCUUGAGUCACUUAUAGUUCAUUCUAGGCUAUAGGGAAUGUUCUAUGAUGUAUAUAUAUAACUAUGUUGGAAAUACUUGCUUGUACAAGAACCCUACCAAGGGCUUACAACUCUAUGUUUGUCAUCUACCUUUCCGCUACACGAGGAAGUAUUCAGUAAGAAGUGUCUAUAUUGUGACUUGUACAAAUGAGUUAUAUCAGAAAACAUUAUCUCA